GCCGGUUGGCAGUUGACAGGUGGUCUUGUCCACAUAACAUACGGACACGCAAUCGACGGCUCGCGUCCAAGUGCAAUCGACCAUGGGGGAAAAGAUCAUGCGAAGGCGACCAAGACGGAAGUCUGCACCUCUUCUCCCCAAGGUCCUGGCUGUGGCGAAACCUAUCUUGCGGUGGGGCAUCAUGCCCGCGGUCUUGCUGAUGGGCAUGAGGUCGGAGCCCAACCCCACUCUGCUGGAAGUCCUUUACCCCCUGUGAAUCGAGAUAAUUCGCUGUAGUGUACAGCACCUGCGCAAGGUAUUCGAAAGGAUGCCCUUCUUGGAGCUCUCAAACGGCCGCUGAGGACCAAGAGGAAGUUUGGAGGAUCGGGGGUCGACUGGGGUAGGGAUGCUGCAAUCUCGACAUUUCACCAUGGACCGCAACAACUUGUCUCCGAAGAAAUGUCGGGCCAAUCAUACUCGAGCCAGCAGGCGCCAACCGCCACUGCGGCAUGGAUGUUGGUCUGAUCAGUUGCAGGGCGAGGUCUGGCGUGAUGCCCUUCGCCAGUCCUUCAUGAUUUUUUUCCCGUGUUGAGCUAGGGGAACGUUUUAACACGUAAGCAUGAUGACUUGCCGGGGGGGGGGGGUCGUUUGGGAUUCUAACAGAAGGAUUUCUCCGGUGGCCUUUUUUUUGUUUUGCUUUCACAAGACGCCGUGGUGGCGUGUUUUUCUUGCAAGCACUGAAGUACCUGCAGCGAGCCUCUUGCCCGCUGUGACCGACAGGCGAUAAACCCGCGCUACACCCGGAACACGAUGUUCUUUCAACAGGCUCAUGUGUAGCCUUGGGGAAUCGUCCGACUCGAAAUGCUGAUGCUUUCGGAGAGCUAGCAAAGAUCAACCAGUACUGCCCUGGUGCAACGUGUUGCCAGCUGAGCGGCUUGUCGGGUGUGAAGCAUGCCGUGACCGUGCCGUAUUCUCGAGUCCACAAGAUGGUGUGAGCGGCGGAAUCUUGCGAGAAGCGGAGGUGAUUUCUCGAGCUCGCAGGCAGCAGCAUCAAGGAAAAGUAAUCCCUUGCAUCCAUACGGUUAGCUCUUCUCUCGCUGGCGGCACUCUUUGGGCAUGUGAUGUCUGCUGGCAGGGGCGCUCAAUAUCGAACACGUGAAGUUCCUGCGGUGACCUGGAUCGUCCACGACUACAAAUACUGUGGUCCGAGUGCAGAAAAUUCUUCCUUGAAAAUCUCCCAAGGUAGACGCGAUUUCAUGAACGCCAUUGAGUGUUUCUCCCACGUUAUCAUUUGUGAAAGAUCCCCUUCUACCGUGCCUUGGUGGAUAGCCAUACCGGGCUUGACUUGAACAAGUGUUUUUGGUGGUCACUCAUGCGUUAUUUCGCCAAGAACCCGCGAUCCUUCACCCCGCUUGCUGGCGGCAACGGUAACC